AUGCUUCCCACGCUAUUAAUUGUUGUGCUAUUGCACCUAUUCCGACUAUCCGAGGGUGGGCCAACCUUCCUAGAGGAGUAUCGGGGCAGCUAUGUGCCAAAGACUAUCGAAACAUGGUACGGCCUCCAGGUUAUAGCGCCAGAUACUCCAUACGUGGCAAGGGCGGGCCCAAAUGAGUUGUACUUCAUCGACACCCGGUUUGACAAUGAGACUGCAAGUCAUGUGAAGGAACAAAUAGAGAAAGCAAUGCUACCGAAGGCAGAUGGAUACUACUUCUCUAUAGAUGGGACCUCGGCAACGGUAGAAAUCAAAAACUCUGAGACAAACGAAACAACAUUCGUUUUUGAUCCCCCAUAUGCUAGGGUGAUAUUUGCACAAGCAAUAAACAAGCGCAACCCAGAGCUCAAACUGCCUGAACAUGAACCCGCUGGUGAUUGGUUGGUAACAUACGAUCAUCAAAUGGCGUUUGUACCUGGUGCGACAUCGGGGGCGACAACGACUGUCGGGCAGGAACUACCAAUGCUAUUGGCCGGUCGUCCUGAAAGUGUAGAUCUACUCCUAGAUGCCGGUGCAGAUCCUAAUUUACCUGGCCAAUAUGGAUACACGCCGCUCAGGACAUGUGCUGAUUUUGAAGUUGAACAAUCGCGGUGGAGAAGAAUAGUUCAAAAUGGGAGUGCGAAGGCUAAAAUAGCUGGCAGUAUCUUCCUCCGUGAUCACCAUCAGCCACUAAGUGCUGAUGAUCUGGAUGGGUCCAAAUGGCGCAGCCAUAGUCUAACGCAGGAGUCAGAUUCAACCCAUCUAGACAGCAUUUUAAACUCUCUGGUUCUUCACGGGGCAAAGAUCUCGGGGAUUGAAAGCUCUCUUCGUGAAGCAUUCGACGCCGCUGUACUUCAUCGACGAGACUAUACUGCCGAGUGUCUGUUAAGAUUACAGUCACGUUUUCUUCCCGAUAUGAACCUUCUCCAAGGGUCGGAAAUUGAGGGCUUUGUUGCCACCAAGUCUCGCGUGGAAAGUGAAAGGUCAUCUUUGAGGCAGGAAAAUAGUAACAACAGCCGGCAAACGAAUAAUGCAUCCCGCCGUCAAUCAAGAGCCCUUUAUCUAAAUAAACUACUGGGUCUUCGUCAAUAUGACAUGGUGAAAGAAACAGUAUCAAACAUAGAUGUUUCAGAACUCGGCGGGUUUUGGAUAUCAGGUCACAUUCCUCUCCUGCACACCCUUGCGCGUUUUGGCCUGUUCGAUGUUCUAAAGCGUGUCUGUACCCGGGAAGUCGCGUCGAAAUUCGAUGAUCAUGAGUGGUGCAAUCAAGCAGAGACUGCCUACCACGUGCACAAAAACGAUAUUGAGCCGCUACUUAAAGUCGCGUGCAAUCGAGAAAUUCCCAAUAUGGCAGUGAUUCGGUUCCUUGUUGAAGAUAUGAGCGUUAAUAUCAAUGCAACGUCAAGGAAGAGGGUAUUCGUCGACAAUGGCAAGCAGAGCGAGCACGUAUCAGGUCACAGCGUUCUACAUGAUAUUGCCAAGGGCAAGACUUGGUGGAAUGUACACGAGGCGCUGCCUUACCUGAUCCGAAAAGGGGCUGACCUGGAGGUGCGCAAUGGGAGUGGGGACACUCCAUUGCACAUUGCUGUGGAGCAAAAAAGAUACAAGGGCGUCUUUUACAAGGAAGCAGUAAAAAUUCUUCUAGAGAGUGGCGCAGAUGCCAAUACUGUGAAUUACCAUGGGGAAUCUUGCCUGUCAAAAGCCGGCACCGAUACUGGCCUGAUCAAGUUGCUUCUAUCACAUGGUGCUAAGAUCUCCUCAGCAGCCAUAUUCUCCGCAAUCGGGCUGCAUCAAGGGGACUUUGCGAAUCUAAGGCGACCUACAAAUGGAAUCCUGGAAGGAAUUCCACCUUUGUACCAUGCAGCGUUUUGCAGAGUUCAAGACAACCGCGUGAAAGACAAUGACCUUAUCCCUUCCCGAACGCGCAUGAUGACAGUGCUCCUUCGCCAUGGUGCAGAUCCAUACGCCACUAUUGGGAAGCUUCAUCGUGUCAGCGACGGAACGUUCAAGGGUGACAUAGAAAGUGAAGAUGGUCCAGAAUCAGAGUGGACAUCUAAAACAUACACCGUCAUACAUGAGAUCUUGCAUAAAGGAUUCGUCGCUGAGCCACUAUUUGACUUACCAUCCCUUCAAAUGGAAACACGUGAUAGCACAGGCCAAACUUUGCUUUUAGCCGCUUCCCGAGGCCGUAAUAUGAAGCAAUUUCAAGACCUUCUCGCCCGUGGAGCAGAUUUCACCGCUCGGGAUCAAGAAGGAAGGACUAUUGUGCACAACCUCAUGAAACAUGAGCCCGAAGAGACAACAUACGAGUGCCUCAAGGCUCUUUUCAAUCAGUACCCCAACCUUGUCCACAUGCCCGAUAAAGCCGGUGAUACUCCACUUCAUUACGUACUGAAAUCACAGGAACCACACCUCAGCGACUACUUCGACAGAGAAAGCGAACGUGGAUGUAGACGCGACAUCGAUCUGCUGCUCGAACAAGGCGCCGAUCCACUUCAACCAGACUCGAAUGGAAACACAGCCCUGCAUUUCUUCGCUCUGAGGCCCCUUCGCUUCAAAUCACGUAUAGAACAAUUUCAAAGCCUUGGUGUGGACAUUAACGCACGCAACAAAGCGGGCAAUUCUCCAAUUUUUGAGUAUAUUGCACGCGGCCAGCUGAGAGCUGGAGGACCUUACGGGUAUAUUCACAACAGAGAACUCGAGAACCAUGACGAUGUUCAUUAUUUGCGGUAUUUCAAGCAAGUUGGGGUAGAUUUCUUUGCACGUGAUAAUGCAGGAUCGUCGCUGCUCCAUGUUUUGGCUCGCCGAAAGUUGAACAGUAGCCGUUUCGUGCAUUUUGAAGAAGAGAGAACGGUGCCGAUCAAGAACCUUGUCAACUGGUUUGAGUUCCUUACGGGUAUAGGCUUGGAUCCUAUGCUUGAGGACGCUCAACAACGGACUUGUUUAGAUGUCGCCUCCGCUUGUGGUAACGAGCAUAUUUUGAAGUUGUUUCAACAGAAGCCUGUAGAGUGA